GGUCCCUCAUUCACGAAGAGUCCCCUAGAAACGCUUACCUGCUCUCGCACGUUCCCACUUUGUCCUUUUUCAACUUUACUUCAUCAUACAACAUGAAAUCGGAUUAUCCAAUCACUACACAGUGGCUCCAGUGUACUGAUUGGCUACAAGAUAACACAUACGUGCUGCCAUUGGUGGAUAAAAAUAGACUGCGACAGUUUGGUUUGGCGCCAAUUUUGUACCUGCAAAGUGACUGCGAUGUGCCAUCAGACAGGGAUAAUUUCGUUAAACUUUUACAAGCAUACAUUCCGGUAGAUUCCUACGGCUCGUGUCUGCACAACAAAGAUAUGCCGAAAAGGCUCCGUUUUGAGGACAGUAUGGCUCCACUAGAUGACAAGGAGUUCUUCCGGUUCGCCGCGCGUUACAAGUUUACGUUGGCGCUGGAAAACUACGUUUGCGACGAUUACGUCACGGAAAAAUUGUGGCGGCCAUUACGUCUCGGGUCGAUUCCGAUUGUUUUCGGAGCCCCCAACGUCUUGGACUACUUGCCGUCAAAUACAUCUGCGAUAAUGGUCGAAGACUUCCGAAGUGUAGCGGAACUUGCCGAAUUCAUCAAACUCUUGGACACGAACGAUAAUCUCUACAAAGAAUAUCUUGCAUUCAAAGAACAACCAAUCGAAAACCUCCAUUUAAAAGAAAUUUUAAAAAAUCGCGAUUGGUCACCAGAAUUUUGUGACCGAAAGUCUCAUUCCGCGUCACAUGUUUUAAAACAGUCGACCCAAGGAUUACUCACCUCAAAAUAUGAUUCCAUUUUUACCGGAUUCGAGUGUUUCCUCUGCAAUCAGGUGCAUAAUAUAGCCGCGGAUGAAUACAAAGGCGUCAAAGGGCGUGAAUAUAUUUCAAACCAGGAGCAGUAUUAUUGCCCAUCACCACGAAAAUUCGACCAAAAUGGUCGCUACAGUGUUCAUAACGAAUCAUGGUCCAAAGAGUGGACUUUCGGGAAGUUUGAGGCGCUUGCAAUGAAACAGGUUUUUGAGCAACAGAGAAGAACACAGGAAAAAGAGUUCAUCAGAAUCGCAAAUCAGUUGAUGGAAGCGGAAGAAACAGGCAAAGCUGAUUAUAAAUGAAGUUUUUUUUCUGCAGCGGUGCAUUGAUCUGAGCUAUUUAAAUGGCCACAUAGGCAUGUUAAUAAAACAAAGUUAUGAUAGACGAGUUGUAAGGGUGGAUUUUUCAUUAAGAAUGAUGGAAAGAGGCGUUUUAACGCCGUUUUAAGAUUCGCAAUUUAAACUAAAAAGGAGAAAAUUUGACUGCUGUUGUUUAAUUUGUCAACUGUACAGAACUGUGGUUAUCGGUUGAUGUUUUCCCAUGAUAUCUUGGCUUGUUUCAACGUAUUUCACAAGCAUCUAUUUACGUAUUCAUACACUGUUGUUACAUUAAUGCAGAAAAACAACUAUCCUCUCAACCGUAGCUAAGUCAACAGAGAUAACAUAGUAUAACAUAGUAUAAUGUGGAUAAUUGUAAGA